CUGGGCCUCCUCCUUUCUCCCUGGGACUGGAGGGGAAGCGAGGCCUCUGUGAAGAAGGUCCAGAGCCAGAGCCCAGCAUGGCAGCUUCUCUCCUGAGCAAAGUCCUCAUCAGCGACAGCCUGGACCCCUGCUGCAAGCAGAUCCUGCAGGCGGCGGGCAUCGCUGUCCUGGAGAAAAUCGGGCUCUCCAAGGAGCAGCUGCUCCACGAGAUCAAGGACUAUGAUGGGCUCAUUGUACGGUCAGCAACCAAAGUGACUGCAGACAUCAUAAAUGCUGCUGAGAAGUUGCAGGUCAUUGGGAGAGCUGGCACUGGCGUUGAUAAUGUGGAUGUUGAGGCUGCUACAAGGAAGGGGAUCCUGGUCAUGAAUACACCCACUGGCAACAGCCUCAGUGCUGCAGAGCUGACAUGUGGAAUGAUCAUGAGCCUGGCCAGGCAAAUCCCACAGGCUGCAGCUUCAAUGAAGGAAGGGAAAUGGGAUCGCAAAAAGUUCAUGGGAAUGGAGCUUCAGGGGAAGACCCUUGCUAUUCUAGGUCUGGGCAGGAUUGGACGAGAAGUGGCUAUCCGGAUGCAGUCCUUUGGCAUGAAGACUAUUGGCUAUGAUCCCAUCAUCACUCCUGCGGAGUCUGCUACGUUUGGUGUGGAACAGCUGCCUUUGGAACAGAUUUGGCCACUGUGCGAUUUUAUCACAGUCCAUACUCCACUCUUGCCUUCUACCACAGGGCUUCUGAAUGACUCCACUUUUGCCAAGUGCCAGCAUGGGGUCCAGGUAAUCAACUGUGCCCGAGGAGGCAUCGUGGAUGAGGGGGCCCUUCUGCGGGCCCUCCAGUCUGGGCAGUGUGGAGGAGCAGCCUUAGAUGUUUUCACAGAGGAGCCACCCAAGGACAAGGCCUUGGUGAACCACCCAAACGUAAUUAGCUGCCCUCACCUAGGUGCCAGCACCCGAGAAGCUCAGAGCCGCUGCGGCAAGGAGAUUGCCAUGCAACUUGUGGACUUAGCCCAAGGAAAGGCACUUGUUGGCAUUGUAAAUGGGCAAGCUCUCAGCAGUGCAUACGCACCCCAGACCAAGCCCUGGAUUGCACUGGCUAGAGCUCUGGGAAAUGUGUUGUGUGCACUGGCCCACCAAGUGAAUGGCGGCGUGCAGGUUGUCACCUAUGGCCCAACCUUGCAGAAGGCAAGUAGUUACCUAACUCCUGCAGUAGCAAUGGGACUCCUCAGAGUAACUACACAGAAGGAUGUGAACCUUGUGAAUGGACUCCUCCUGGCACAGGAAGCUGGGCUGAAGAUCACCACCACUCACAAUAAGGAGAAGCCCCCAGGUAGUGAAGAGGGGCUGCUGAAGCUGACUGCUGAGGGCACCCCUCACACCUUGGUCGGCUCAGUGCAAGGCAGCAUUCCUGUUCUCCAUGAGCUCAGUGGGGCAGCCUUCAAGCACUCGGUUCCCCUCACUGGUACACUGCUAUUCUACAGAUCCAGGGCCUCCAGUGGCAGCCUCUUGCCAACAGUCAUCGGACUGUUGGAGAAGGCCAAAGUGGAGCUGUUGUCAUACCACCAUUCUGGUGCUGUGACCGGACAAGAAUGGAAUGUCGUGAGUGUGUCUUCUCCUCUACAAAGCCUGCAGGAACUGAAGCAACAUGUGACAGAGGUUAUUCAGGUUACACCUUAAGAUGUGGUGAAGAACCUGCAAUUUUCCUUCGUGUAAAUGUUACACAUUCCAAUAAAAAUAAUUUGUGGAA